UCCUUACUCCUUAGUGAACCAACAUGCAUAUUCACUAGCUAGCUACUUAAACAAUACAAAUAUAAAUUCUAGCUAGUAAUAGUAACAAAUUAAAAAAAAAUUAUGGGAAGCAUAGAUUUACAACUAGAAAAUGUUAAUGAGGAUGCUGAGCUCCUCAAGGCUCACGCCGAGGUGUACAACCAUCUCUUUGCCUACGCCGAUACCCUUGCCUUAAGAGCUGCUAUAGAUCUCCGCAUUGCGGAUAUCAUACACUCUCAUGGCCACCCAAUGAGUUUAUCUCAAAUAGCCUCGAAACUCGAGUCACCCUCCCCUGAUGUCACGUGCCUUGCACGUGUCAUGCGGAUGCUAGUCCGUAAGAAAAUCUUUACUGUUGAUUAUAAUAAUACAUCAGGUGAAGAAAUCGUACCCUUAUAUGGUCUAACCACGACUUCUAUGUGGCUCUUGCAUGACCAAGACCUAAGCCUUGCUCCUAUGUUUUUAACAUUUACACACCCUUGGAUCAUAUCUGCAUGGUUUGAGAUUAGCCGUUCGAUCAAGGAGGGUGGGACCCCGUUCGAAAAGGCGUAUGGCCAAUCGUUUUGGGAGAGGGCAGCUGAGGACCCUGAGUUUAACACAAUGUUUAACACUGGGAUGGCAGCUGCUACUAAGCCAGCCUUAGAUGCUGUUGUUAAAGGGUAUAAGGAUGGUUUUAGUGAAUUAAAAGGUACUCUUAUUGAUGUUGGAGGUGGAAUUGGAAGGAUGAUAGCCAAAAUUGUUAAGGCUUACCCUCAUAUUAAGGGUAUUAACCUUGACUUGCCUCAUGUUGUGGCUAGUGCCCCACAACAUCCUGGUGUCACCCACGUUGGAGGUGACAUGUUUAAGGAGAUUCCUAAUGCAGACGCUAUCAUUUUCAAGUCCAUUUUACACGACUGGACGGAUGAACACUGUUUAAAAAUCCUAAAGAACUGUAAAAAGGCGGUAUCCCAAAGCAAAGGGAAGGUGAUUAUUGUGGACGUAAUUCUAAAUCCUGAUGGAAAAGGGUUGUUCGACGACGCGGUCAUAGGCUGUGAUCUUUGGUUGAUGGCAGAUUGUGUUGGUGGAAAAGAGAGAACUGAGGAGGAAUGGAGGAAAUUGUUGAAAGAAGCUGGUUUUACUACCCUCAAUGUCAUCCGCCUUCCUACUAUUAUGUCAUUAUCGAUCAUCGAGGCUGUUCCUCAAUAGACCAGCUAGCAUGACUAGCUAGUUCCAGUGCACUUUCCAAUUGGUUGCAACAAAUAAUAAGUUGGGUUUGAGUUGGUUCGUAUUUGUAUCGUAUUAUGUGUUAGGUUUGGAUUUCUAGCUCCUAUAAGACGUAUUGUGUUGCGACGUAAUGAUGUGUUAAAAAUUACCAAGUUUUUAUUUUUAUUUUAUAAAGUAAGGAGAGGGUCCCUGAGCAAAUCUUAAUCUUCACGGUUUUUUUAGUUUGAUAUUUGUGGGUCAGAUACUCUAAAAGUGAGAGGAAAAAAGUAAGAAAUCCUCACUCUCAAAGUCAUUCUAGUGGAAAUUGAACCCCCAACCUUUUAAGUUGGAAGGCAUAACAUUUUCCAGUAGACCAAGCUUAGCUUGGUACGUAGCUACUAUAAUAUCCAUUGUACUUGUAUCUUAAAAGUACGUAGUACGUAUGAUGUACAUACGUGCAUGGUAAAUUUGGUAUAUGUACUUUAUUUGCAAAUUGUAUUAUGGUUUAAUAUAUUUAGCUUGUUAGAUAA